AUGUUCUUCACGCUGAGGACAAGGUUCUUCACGCUGAGGACAAGGUUCCUCACGCUGAGACAAGUUCUUCAUGCUGAGGACAAGGUUCUUCACGAGGACAAGGUUCCUCACGCUGAGGACAAGGUUCUCACGCUGAGGACAAGAUUCCUCUCGCUCAGAACAAUGUUCCUCACGCUGAGGACAAGGUUCUUCACGCCGGUGAUAAGGUUCCUGACGCUGAGAACAAGGUUCCUCACGCGGAGAACAAGGUCCACACGCUGAGGACAAGGUUACUUCACGCUGAGGACAAGGUUGCUUCACGCUGAGGACAAGGUUCCUCACGCUGAGAACAAGGUUUCUCACGCGGAGGACAAGGUCCUCACUCUGAGGGCAAGUUUACUCACGCUGAGGACAAGGUUCUUCACGCUGAGAACAAGCUUCUUCACGCCGAGGAGAAGGUUCCUCACGCUGAGGACAAGGUACUUCCCGCUGAGGACAAUUUUCUUCACGCCGAGGACAAGGUUCCUCACGCUGAGGACAAGGUUCCUCACGCUGAGGACAAGGUUCCUCACGCUGAGAAUAAGGUUCUUCACGCCGAGGACAAGGUUCCUCCCGCUGAGGACAAGGUUCCUCAUGCUGAGGACAAGAUUCCUCUCGCUCAGAACAAUGUUCCUCACGCUGAGGACAAGGUUCUUCACGCCGGGACAAGGUACUUCCCGCUGAGGACAAUUUUCUUCACGCCGAGGCCAAGGUUCCUCACGCUGAGGACAAGGUCCACACUCUGAGGGCAAGGUUACUCAUGCUGAGGAUAUUGUUCUUCACACGCUGAGGACAAGGUUCCUCACGCUGAGGACAAGGUUCCUCACGCUGAGGACAAGGUUCCUCACGCUGAGAACAAGGUUCCUCACGCUGAGGACAAGGUUCUUCACGCCGGAAGGUUCCUCACGCUGAGGAACAAGGUUUCCUCACGCUGAGAACAAGGUUCCUUACGCUGAGAACAAGGUUCCUCACGCUGAGGACAAGGUUUCCUCACGCUGAGAACAAGGUUCCUCACGCUGAGAACAAGGUUCCUCACGCUGAGGAAGGUUCAUAGCUGAUGUUCCUCACCCUGAGGAUAAGGUUCGUCACGCCGAGGACAAGGUUCGUCACGCUGAGCACAAGGUUCUUCACGCUGAGGAUAAGGUUCGUCACGCUGAGCUGAGACAAGGUUCCUCACGCUGAGAACAAGGUUCCUUACGCUGAGGAACAAGGUUCCUCACGUUGAGGACAAGGUUCUUCACGCUGAGGACAAGGUUCCUCACGCUGAGGACAAGGUUCCUCACGCUGAGGACAGUCUAGUAGCCCGCGCUGAGAACAAGGUUCCUCACGCUGAGGACAAGGUUCCUCACGCCGAGGACAAGGUUCGUCACGCUGAGAACAAGGUUCCUCACGCUGAGAACAAUGUUCCUGACCCUGAGGAUAAGGUUCCUCACGCUGAGGACAAGGUACUUCACGUUGAGGACAAGAUUGCUCACGUUGCCUUCACCCUGAUGACAAAGUUUUUACGCCCAGGACAAGGUUCCUCACGCUGAGGACAAGGUCCUUUACCUGAGGACAAGGUCCUUUACGGGGGGGACAAGGUUCCUCACGCUGAGAACAAGGUUCCUCACGCUGAGGACAAGGUUCCUCACGCUGAGGACAAGGUUCCUCACGCUGAGGACAAGGUUCCUCACGCUGAGGACAAGGUUCCUCACGCUGAGGACAAGGUUCGUCACGCUGAGGACAAGGUUCUUCACGCUGGGACAAGGUUCCUGACGCUGACGACAAGGUUCUUCACGCUGAGGACAAGGUUCCUCACGCUGAGGACAAGGUUCCUCACGCUGAGGACAAGGUUCCUUACGCUGAGAACCAGGUUCCUCACGCUGAGGACAAGGUUUCCUCACGCUGAAGACAAGGUUCUUCCCGCGGCUGAGGACAUGGUUCCGCUCGCUGAGGACAAGGUUCCUCACGCUGAGGACAAGGUACCUCACGCUGAGGACGAGGUUCCUCACCCUGAGGACAAUGCUCUUCACGCCGGCGACAAGGUUCCUCACGCUGAAGACAAGGUUCUUCACGCUGAGAAAAAGGUUCCUCACGCGGAGGACAAGCUUCCUCAAUCUGAGGGCAAGGUUACUAACGCAGAGGACAAGGUUCUUCACGCUGAGGACAAGGUUCUUCACGCUGAGGACAAGGUUCCUCACGCUGAGGACAAGGUUCCUCACGCUGAGGACAAGGUUCCUCACGCUGAGGACAAGGUUCCUCACGCUGAGGACAAGGUUCCUCACGCUGAGGAGAAGGUUCUUAACGCCGCGGACAAGGUUCCUCACGCUUAGAACAAGGUUCCUCAAGCGGAGGACAAGGUUCCUCACCCUGAGGGCAAGGUUACUCACUUUGAGGACAAGGUUCUUCACGCUGAGGGCAAGGUUCCUCACGCUGAGGACAAGGUUGCUCACACUGAGGACAAGGUUCCUUACGCUGAGAACAAGGUUCCUCACGCUGAGGACAAG